UAUACUUGAAAUUAUUAGAGGUUGCCAUGAAAGUAGAUUUGCUCGAUUUAAAUUUACCGCCUGUUUAUACAAUUAAUUUAAAGGGGCAGCGUUUUAAGAGAUCAAAGGUGCCGACAGGUCGCCGCUGGUCAACUCUGUGGGGGUUAUUAUUCUACUCUUUUGAGGUUAUAUCUCUACUAAUAAUUUCCACUCUGUUUCACUAUGUUUAUGCAUCACUCGAGCACUAUAAUAGAAUUAGUUAAAUAAUGCUUAUCUCAAAUUAUUGUAUUAAAUUGAAUGGCGUCUGAGAGGCGUCCCUCGGAGGGUUAAAAUUAUUUUAUAAUGUAACACUGUUAUUUACUGUCUUUAUAAUAAUAUCUAGCGAAUUAAUAGCGAGUAUGUUUAAAUUUUUUUAAAAUUUCAGUAUUAAGAUCUCGAAGAAUACUUGCGCUCUAUCGAUAUACCGAACGCCUGCAACAUUGCAACCUGCUGUGUAUCGCAGCGAUGUUAUAGACACUGCGCUCCAAAGUUGUGCCUUGCACAAAAUUGAUCGCUUGUUGCAACUUGUAUCCAUGUCAAUAUUUAUGUGCUUAAUAUAUUAACAAACAUUAAAAGAGGAAAUUAACAAUAAAUUGUUUGGAAUGUGUUGACUUCGGUAUUUUCUGCAGACAGUUUACUCCAUGCAAAAAUUUUCCACAUCGACGCAUAUAAAGUGUUGUGCAUCUCGUGAAUGCAUAAAUAUUUGAAAGCCACAUCUUGAAAUAUAUAAAUAUUUGAAUGAAAAGUCUGCAAGUACCAAAAUAUUUGAAUUUUGCAUCUUUUGUUCGCAUGUAGGAAUUCUUAGACAUUGACUACUUAUUAUUAGGCAUAUAUCAAAUGUUCGAAUUUUUUUGACUUUUCGAUACUCAAACAUUAAAAUUUCAAAACUGGAUAUUCAAAUGUAUGAAUACUUAAAUACUCACCUAUUCUUAUCAAAUCUUUUAGUGCUCAAAUAUUUGACUUAUUCAAGCUAUUCAACGUUCGAACGAUUGAAAUCCAAUUUUAUUCGAAUAACACACUGGUGAAAGUACUGUGAACUGAUGACAUAACGAGACAAAAAUAAUUUGAAAUUAACAUUAUAUUAAUCUUGGGUUAUUCCAAUUUUCACGCACAGAUUUAUCAAUUAAAACUGUUCGCUACGUUCGUACGACUUAGCAUACCUCGCCAUAUUAGGAAAUACAGACGAGAUAAAAAUACUUGUUGGUAACAAUAAAUGACGAUGAAGAAGAGAUUCUGGGAAUUUAGAUAAAGUACGCGAAAGAGAAAACUAUACGUUACAAUAUCGAAUUAUUUGAAUGGCAAACACGACUUAAUGACGAACAAUAUCGUGGCACUCAUCAUCAGAUGUUGCAAACACAUCUGCACCAGUCACAUACCAAAACGUUCUAAUUUAACUGUGCACGAAUUCAGAUGACUUAUUUACGAAGGUAUGACACGCGAAACAAGAUGAAUCAUUGCAAUAAUAUCAUAAAUUUUAUCCGAAGACACGGCGGGGAACCUUUAUCAGAAGGUAACUGUAUAAAAGGAUAAGAAAGAAUUGAACCCACCAGUACAUGUGACGACGCGCAAUUGAUAAACGCGUACUAGUGAACAAAGUUUUUACAAUGAGAGGUUUCGCUAUUCUUUUGUUCGUCCUCUUGCUUGUCCACACGUACAAUGCGAACUCUGAUAAACGAGAAUGGAAGAGUACUAUGCAGGAGAGAUUGCAAACCGGGAAGAAAGAAGCAGCCAUUCAGAAACUCCGAGAUUUAUAUGCAUCGCGUGACGAAAAUGACAGUGAUGAAAGUGCGGAUAGAGAACCGCUGAUUCCCCCACGUUCGCCACCGAAACGUAAGCACGAUUCCUCUGACAACGAUUCGGAUUCUUCCCGUACUAAGGAUUCUUCUGAGUCAUCAAAAUCAACAGAUGAAAUCAGCUCUUCUAAUUCACGUUCCCACAAAACGGAUGGCAAACAUCAAAAGCACCGAAAACAUGACUCGAAAGAAUCGAAAGAAAACGAAAGUUCAUCAGAAAAGAAAACUCGCAAAAAUCGUAAAUUACAGAAAAUGCAGGAAAACCUGGAAGAACAAUACAAAAGGCACUUAAUAAGUCUAAUACCAAGAGUCAAAGAGAGAAUGAUAAUCAUAGAAAUGCUCAAACACCACAAAGUUGACUUAUGUCAACGCUUAUCGCCAUUGCAGAUUUAUUAUAAAAAGCUGUAUGAAUUGAACAAAGCUAGGUAUAUGGCAUGGAGGGAAAAGCUGAUCAUAAGAAACUAUAUAUUAACUCACAAGAAAAAUUUAACCAUGGAAAAAUUGUUGGAGAUAUGCAAAAUCAAGAAAACUGUUCCUUAUCCGUUCCAGAUAACGCUAGCGAGAAGAUGUUUGGAAAUCCACUUGCAUAUUAGCGUACAGUUUGAGAUUGUCACAAAAUUACCACCGACGAGUAUGAAUUCAGCUAAUGAAAUGAAGUGGAGGUGUGGUAAAACAUCGGUGACAAGUCCCAUUCCAACACAACCAACUGCAGAAACUACGAGUGACUCCGCAAUCUAUGACCCUUGGUGGAUAUUAGGCGAAGAUACAACUACAACCAGAAGGACUGCAUCACCACCGGGGCCAACCGGAACAAUCUCAGAAUGGACAAACACUGGAGAGUCAAGUACUUCGGGAUUAACUAAGACAAGUGAGAGUACUGGUCGGAACACCGAAGAAAUUACUCCAGGUUGUAUCACGGAAGGAAGGACGACAAGCAGCAAAAGCACAAAAUCAACCAGCCGUGGAUGGACAGGUACACCUGGAUCAACUAAGCCAACUCAAGGUUCUUCCACGACAGAAAAGACGACAAGCAGCGAAGGCACAAAAUCAACCAGCCGUGGAUGGACAGGUACUACUGGAUCAACUAAGCCAACUCAAGGUUCUUCCACGACAGAAAAGACGACAAGCAGCGAAGGCACAAAAUCAACCAGCCGUGGAUGGACAGGUACUACUGGAUCAACUAAGCCAACUCAAGGUUCUUCCACGACAGAAAAGACGACAAGCAGCGAAGGCACAAAAUCAACCAGCCGUGGAUGGACAGAUACUCCUGGAUCAACUAAGCCAACUCAAAGCACUAGUUGGACCAACGGAGAGACUUCCACUCAAGGUCCUACCACGUCAGAAUCGACGACAAGCAGUAAAAGCACAAAAUCAACAACCAUUAUCAUCGACUCUGAUUGGAUAUUAGGUAGAGAUACAACUACAGCCAGGUGGAGUAAACCAUCGCCGGUGCCAACCGGUACAAUCCCAGAAUGGACAAACACCGAGAAGUCAAGUACUUCUGGAUCAACUAAGACAAGCCAGAGCACUGGCUGGGGCAACAAAGAAACUUCCUCUCAAGGUUCUUCCACGACAGAUGGCACCACAAAAGGAGGAUCAAUUACGCCAAAAAGUACUGCAACCACGUCUGAAAAGACCACCACAGGUCGACCAGUGACUGAAGGUAGUAAACCUACAACAGCUGGCCCGACUGUAAAAUCCACACAUGCUGCAUGGUCAGGCACACAAACCUUGUCUGGAUUUUCUGCUGACGGUAUAAAUAAUGCGAAUGGUAGUGGGAAAAUCAUUAGCUGGAAUAUUACUAAACCCACAACUGAUUCAAAGAGUGACAGUGGAUCGUCACUGGUAACUGAUAUUGGAUGGGGCGUAGGUAUUAAAGAACCUGCCGAUGAACUAAAAAAAGAAGAUUCAGCUGGUGGGGAUUUAAAGAAUAGUGCAGCCGCAACUGAAAUUGCGAUAAAAAAUUGAGCAGAUAGUGGUACAGAAUCGUCGCCAUCUACAUAGAGAACAGGUAACUUAAACGUUUAAAAUCAACGUUGAGAAAAGAGUUCGAGUACCAUCAUGCACCACGGAUCCAGUCACGAAGAGGUACAUCAUGCAAAUAUUGUAUAUUCGUUAGAAAAUGAUACACCAGGUAGACCAUUUAGCAAAAUAAAAGAAUUUAAAUA